AAUGACGCAGAAAACGCUACCAGUUCAAAAUGGAGUAGUAGUGGGAAAUUGCAUGUAGGAGAUCAAUUAGAGCUUCAUUUUAUAACAGUUCAGUGUGUACAUUUGGCUGUAGAAAAUCAAAAUGACAGAAAAGAAGAAGUCGGACUCUCUUAAUUUUUUUAUGGGUUAUGAUGACCUAAGCGACAGCAGUGACAGUAGCGAUGAUGAGGGCCCGAAAUCAUCCAAGACCAAAGAUGGGGCCAGUGCGUCUCGUAGCGAUGGAUCCCAGCAAGGAACCAAACGAGCCGCUGGUGGUACGCCUUUGCCCAAACCCGACGAUCUCUUCAGAUCUGUUUCAAAGCCUACUUUCCUCUACAAUCCAUUGAAUAAACAAAUCGAUUGGGAAAGCCGCAUCGUCAAAGCGCCGGAGGAGCCCCCCAAGGAGUUCAAAGUAUGGAAAACCAAUGCGGUGCCACCGCCAGAGAGCUAUGCCACAGAGGAGAAGAAAAAGGGCCCACCGCCAGGCAUGGACAUGGCUAUUAAGUGGUCCAAUGUUUAUGAGGACAACGGAGACGAUGCUCCGCAGGCCGCCAUUGGAAAAGCGCGCUUCCUACCUGAAGAUGAACAGCUACCCGACCCCGAGUCAGAUGACGACGAUGCCGACGACUCCAAGUCUUCAAAGAAGCGCAGGGUGGAGACCUUCCAGCAGAAAGAGAAGAGAAAGAGAGAUAUGGGCCAAGCUACCUCCGAUAAGACCUUUGUGGAGGAGGAGAAGAGGAUCCUGAGGCAGGCCCGGGAUUGAGUCCUCCGUGCCGGCCAGAGUGCCUGGGGAAAGGCCCUCUCCCUGGGAGUCGUGCAGACGGAGAAGGAGGAAGCUACUGGAGGACCGCACUCAUCCUGGAACAUCGCCACAGCUACAGGAAACCAGACUUCUUUAUUGCUCAACUGCUAUAGUAGAACAAAAAUGAGAGCUUCUGAAUGUCCCAGUGCAAAUAGACACUGGGCAGUGUUCUAGGCCAACCACUGCAGCCAUAUCGGUGUGGGUUGCAACUCGGUCAUCUUGAGUUGCCGAAAUAGAUGAAACUGGUUGCCUGGUUUGGGGAGUUUGAUAGCUUGUAGACAGUGAGGUGUUUAUGGACGAGGUAUACUGUUUCUCCCUGAGUGUUGACUCCUCUUGUCUUGUCUCACAUCCUUCCUAGUCAGCUUACUCCAGUCCAGUUCUCUUUAACUUCCCUCCAGAGUAACGUGAAUGACUUUGUGGUUGUAUAUGCUGCUGUGGACUGUUUUUAAAUAGAUGUUAAUAUAAAAUCUAGACCUAGGUGGAUUUUUAUGUUUCAUUUUACAGAUAAAUGCAUAUCCAAACAUUCACGUGGUAAUUGUACAGUUUCACAGAUAACACAAUGAUAUGUUUUUCUUUUUAUAUAUAUUUGGAUGUUGAAUAUGCAAUUUCCUAAAUUAAUUUCAUGCCUCAUGAGAGCCAAACGACUUUAUUCAGUCCUCAAUACUUAUUGGAAUUCCAUGGCAAGAGGGGUAAACAUGAAGAUGUUUUUUGUGUUCAUAAUGUCUGGUCAGGUUUCUUCUUGGACAUGGGUUCAUAUUGGGGGUAGCAGUGGAAAAAGUAUUUUGCUUUAAGAGGUUUAACCAGCAAGGCAUUACUUUGAUUCAAAAGCGCAAUCUUGUCAUACUUUUUUACCACAGGGUGGCGCUGUGUAACUAUGUUAGUGUUCAGUAUGUUGACACGAACCAUACUGUCAAAAAGAACAACAAACAUAUUUCAGUGUAUACAAUUUUGAAAAGAAAAUUAAAUCCUCAAUGCAAUAAAUGGUGUA